AUGACCGGCCAGACUCCUGAUGAACCCGUUCCUCACAGCCCCUGUGUCGACCCAAGCAGAACUCCGGGCAUCGAAGUGAGUGAACACACCGACAACGACGAGGAGGCCAAACAACACCAAGAUAUCAACGGCACGGUCAUGAAGAAGAGGCUAGAUCACUGGAAGGUAAUCUCGGGAAACUCGCGCGAUCUGAGGGAUAUCUGUCAUUCUGCUUCCGUGUUGGCCCGCUUCCACUUCAGCGGCCGCUGGUACUCUUGGGGCCACCCCAACGCAGCACAACACAUGUUCCAACGCGUCGGUCUGACUCAAUCUGCCAUCUUCGGAUGGGUUAAUAGAGAUAUUGCUUCUCUUUCGCUCGUCAAAGAAUCCGCCGCCAUCAGUGCACUACACUCGGACGGCCCAACAGUCGACCUCGCCCUUUCAAUCGGGCCAUUUCUCGACACGGGCAGUCUCUGUGAUGUCUACUCAAUCUCGCCUCCAAACACAGCCCCCCGUUUUGACAAUUUUCCACCGCUCGUCCUGAAAGUCAUGAACCCGAGUACUUUUGAUGAUGCCGCCGGCGGCGUCGCUUUCGCAACCGGCGAGCAGGCGACUGAGGCUUGGAAGACGGAGACUGGCCUCUACGCUGGAAAGCUUGCAAGCCUCCAAGGCAGUAUUGUGCCGUUAUGCUUUGGUGCUCUUUAG